AUGGCACCCUCGGGCAGAGACUAUCACCAGUCUUCCCUGGACGACAACGAUGGCCACCACAAAAAACACUACUACCGCAGGGACAGAGACGAUGACCACCACCGUGACUUCUCUUUUCCCUCCUCAGGCUUCGCAGAUCCUCCUCUAUCAUGCCGUCCCAAACUCUUUUGCUGUGCCGUUGGUGAAUCCUCCAAGGAUCAUCUACCUCGCAGUUUCGUCAACCCUGGCCGACACCUUAUGAACCAACAACUCAAGACUUUCCUAGAGUGUGCCGAUGACGAUACCUACACCUUUCACAAAUGUGAUGUCUCUCACAUUGUCGAAGUCACCACCCGAGUGCUUUGUAACCACAACGAUCAGGUAGCAGCUACUUCUACCCUACCCUGCGGCAAUGGCAUUCACCAGGCUCCUCCUCCUUAUCCUCUACCAGAACAGUGGAAUCGGGAAGAAACACUACCGCACCCGUCGUUUCUUCUUCUUCUUCACCAUCUUCACAACAACGACAACGACAAACCAAAGCUCGACAACAUCACACCUCCGUUGGACUCAGUUGAAGAAGAGGACCGCAAGAUGAUCAUGGACAUGGAUCACCACCGGGAGGAAACUUUUGUGCCUUACAGUACCCACCAGAGUAUGUCCACUCGUUUCUUCAUCACACACAACAGCAGCAAUAGCUGGCAGGUCCCACCUCAUUCCCGACAGUACAGGGAUAACCAUCCGGACCCGAACAAUGGCAGGAUCGGAGUCGAAAAGUACAUGGAGAUACCACCGCUCAAGACAAUGCCCUACACUUCGGAAAGCGUUUCGGGAAACGGAGGUGGCGCGCGAGAAUGGAUCCCCUCGUGCAGCAUAUUGAUGUGGUGUAACAAGCACAACACCUUUUACGAGGUUCACAUUCUCUCUUAA